AUGGAUCCCAACGUAGGCAUCCUUGAUGUCCCUGUGGAUUGGACCUUGCAGGCUGGCUUCACUUAUGCGUCAACCGUACCUUUGCCCUCGUCCGCCUCGACUAGUCCCGGCCUACACGGUCUUUCGACGCCAAUCGUUCCAACUGUUCGCCCAAUCAGUGGACCUUUGACCCCUGAUUCUUCCUCUGCUGUUGGUGGGGAUGGCUAUUUGCUCGAUAUCUACUAUAAUUUUUUCCAUGCCGCCCAUCCAAUCCUGCCACCUCACCGGCUCAUAAGUCGUUACAUCUUCCCCGCAUACCUGGAGCAAGUGAUGAAGUUCAUCGGUGCCCACUUCACCCCGGCCGCCUCGAGUGACACGUACCGGCCUACGAUUGUCGCAAUGGUCCAAGAACAAAAUUUGUCGGUGGAAAAGGUGCAGGCGCUGCUUCUGCUGGCGAUUGUACUUCACUCAGACAAUGAACGUGCUGAGGCUGGCGCUUGUCUGGCCGCUGCAGUAGAUUCGGCUUUCGAGCUUGGUAUGCAUCAAGGCACAUUUGCGAUCCUUAUGAGCAACGGAGAUCCAAUCCGCGCGGAGACUCUGCGGCGCACCUGGUGGGAGCUCUUCGUAGUUGAGGGUUUAAUGACUGCCCUCGGUGUACAGCGCGAGUACCGAACUAACCAAGUACCGCCAGAGGUCGCACUUCCAUGCGAAGAGCGGAUCUAUUAUGACGCCCUACCACCCCCACCGUCCCCGACCAUUGCACAAUUUGAUGGGCGUGUGUUUGCGGAAGAAGAGCGUGACUUCUCAUCCUAUUGCUAUCGGAUUGAAGCCGUACGGAUCCUUGGUCGUGUGGUGGCGAUGCAGGAUAUGACCGAAGGCCAGCAGGACCAAGUGGAAGCUCUUGAUGCGCGCAUUGGUAGUUGGGGCCAUCACUUGCCAGAGUCCAAGGAAGAGCUUCUGCGACCCGAUGGGAGCGUGGAUGAGGUCAUGUUCCAGGCGACCAUGAUCUUGAACGGCGCAGCCAUCUACCUCAACUUCCCGCGGUCUGAUCUUCUUUCAUCUCCUGCCGUUGCUGCAGAAGUCAUCUGUGGCCACCAUGGCCCGAUCAGUGUGCCUGCCUUCUCACACAAUGAGCAUGCCAUGAAGGCCGCCAAGGCUGCCCGAGAGCUGUCCCGCCUGGCUGCCUUCCGUUUGCCCGUUAUCAAGCACACUCCAUUUUUCAUCUGUGCGCUUACUAUGAGCUCCAUUGUUCAACUAGCCACCUGCUCCGUUAAAGCCGGUCAAAUGCCAGACCCCAGCCGCGACCGUCUGGCGUUGACGAUCGGUGUCUUCAAGUCAUUGGCUCGCACCUGGGCCAUCUCCCAGUCAAUCAUGCGACAGAUCAAAGCCGUUGCACGGGAUGUGAUGGAUCUGGGACUUCGUCCGACGAUGGACUCGCUGGAUCUGACGACGGUUUUGGAUAACAGUCAGUUCUGGGUGGAUCAGAGCCCGAGCUGA